GGCCGCCGGCGUCGCGACCAAAUGUGCGCUGUUGGCAGAAGGACUUGUGCCUUUUGGUCCUAUAUUUGGAAUACGCAUUCAUAACAUUUUGAACUCAACCGGGGCCCAGUGCAUUGCUUCUUCGUCUGCCAUUUCUCGCUCGUACCGCAUAAGUCUAGGAUUGCUUGAUCGGUUUGACCGAUCAAACUUGCGACAUUCUUGAGCCCCUCCCAUCAUUCUUUCAUUCCCCCCUCUCAAUUUGGCGCACGACCAGGAGGUCCCCUACUACCCACGCCAUUUUACCACCUGUGCAACACUCCGGCAUACCUUGGUUCACUCAAACCAAGCACAGGCGCGGAUAGACAAACACCGCGAGUCGAGUAACCACCACUAGCAGCAAGCACCACAAACGGCCCAUUUUGACCUAGCUUUGGCUGUAGCCCAUAAUGGCGUCAAACGAGCCAAAGCUACUAUACGCCAUAGAUGGCAUCUCGGCGUACCACAUUACAAAUGGGAGCGAGGAGACUCUCACGCCCGCCGGGCCACAGACUCUUUCCCUCCUUAUGGUCCCGACUUCGUCCCCGUUCGCCGAUCGGUCUGUUGAUCCCAAGUCCGGAAAGUCUGAGGAGGACUUCUACCUUCACCUCCACCUCCCACCCGAGCUAGACCUCCCCCUCCCAGCGACUACCCAGAUAUACCACCAGCCUCCACGAAGCUACCUCAUUCCACGUUGGGAUCUCGGACGCGACAGCGGUGCCUUUACCCGCAUCGAGUUCCCUGAGCUCGGGAGCCGGAGGCACAUACAGGAGGAUGUAGAUACGUUCGAGACUAUAUUGGCGCAAUGCACAGCCUUCCUGGAGAGGGCGCCGCCGCCCAAGCUUGGCGUAUCUUCUUCUUCCAAGGGCGAGAAGUCUGGCUUUGGUGACGAGAAGGCAGCUGCCAGGUCUAUGGAAACCGGUGUGGCAGGUCCCUCUUCUUCCAAGUCCAAGGCUGCCCUUGCCCAGGAACCGCCCCCAUACAACCCAAACGAUUUCCAGCCUGGAGAGGCAUAUGCACGCGGGAGUCAUAGCAAGCAGCAGACGGGCCAGAUUGUCCUUAUUGACGAGGAGGAUGGCAGUGUAAUAGGGGAGUUGGGAGAGGGAAUGACUGUCAUUGAGCAUCAGGCUCUUCAGCCGGGCUCAAAAGAGCCCGUCGAGAUCACACUUCCAACCGAUUCGACUCAGAACAUAUCCGUGGCACCGGCUUCCAAAGAGUCUGUCGAGAUGCUCAUGCAUCCUGCCUACCAAAAGUCCUUCCUGGUAUCCAAUGCGUCCAUGGCGUCCCGGUUCAUCGUCGGCACUUCGGACAAGGUAUCAAGCAUGCUGCAGUCAGGGGCGACCGCCAUCACCGCCAAGAGCAAACCAGCCAGUAAGCCCAUGACCUUUAAGCCAGCAACCCACGAGCGAAUCCGACGCAUCAACACCUUCACCGGAGGAGCAGUCGGACUUUCUACCAAGACGGUAGGGCAAAUCGGCAAGGUCGCACAAAAUGUGGGCGCAACACUCGCGCGAAAGGGACACAAGGGUGGUGGUAAAGGCUUUGAUAAGGACGGCAACCCCAUCGAUGGCUACAAGCCUGGCUUGUUGAACAAGAGCUUGAUGGCAUUCUCGACCGUAGCCGAUGGCAUCGAGCAGGCGGGCAAGACGCUGCUGACGUCGACAUCGAAUGCCGCCACGACUGUGGUAGAGCACAAGUGGGGUCCCGAGGCCGGCGAUGUGUCGCGCAACCUUGGCUCCGGUGUCAAGAACGUCGGUCUGGUCUACAUCGACGUCACCGGAGUGUCGAGGCGUGCCCUUGUCAAGAACGUGGCCAAGGGCAUGAUCGUAGGUAAAGCACCAAACGGAAAGGAUGUUAUAGUUGGUGGCGGAGAUGGCGGUGUAGUCCCAGUGCCACCGGAGAAGAGACUCAAGGACAGCGAGGGGAAUGGUACUUCUAGUUCCGCAAGCUCAAUCAAGGGCUAUUCGGACGAUAAGAAGGCGGCUAUUGAGUACAAGUGAGUGAGCUCGCUUAACUCGUUAUGGCGGGAAAUAGCCAUGUUUAUUCUUUUUUUACUUGUCGCCACGUUAUCAUUCUGUUGUCCAAUUCGGGAUUAUGGAUCAGAAUUCUGGCAGCGAUAGGAUAUGUUAUUUGCGAAGGGAUUCUGAUUCUGAUAAUUUGUAAGUAUUGAAAAACCUGAUAUCGAAGAUGCAAGUAAUUAAUGAGCAAGAGGGACGCUUACGAAAUCGUG